UUUCGAGCUAUUUUUAACCAACAGUUUUAACCAGAUCUUACUAGUGCUCCGGGGAUUUCGAUUAUUAUUUCAAUUUGUGCAGUUGUUGUCGUCCCUUCGCUUUUUCGCAUCUUAGUGUUACGAUAUGUAAAACUACACAUCCCAGAGUCCGUAGCGCCACCGCGGCGGUUCCGCGUUCGAAUCUGCUAAAGCCGAGGUAGUAGUCGAGAGCUGUUAGUUGAUAGAAGAGAGAGAAAAUUUAAAGAAGUUUCUCCUCCUAAAGCCUAGAAUGACAGAUAGGAAACCGUGUAAGGUGUGCAAUUUCACACGACAGAAAUCAUAUGGGUUGGUUGUCCCCUCCCUGGAUGAGCUUAAGAUAAAAGGGUGUGAGUUCCUUGGGUUCGCCCCCAGUGACCGGGUCUCAGUGGUCCUAGAGGAUGAUGGGACGAUAGUAGAGGAUCAGGCCUACUUUUUGUGUUUACCCUCAAACACAAAGUUUAUGCUGUUGCAAGGAAAAGAGUCAUGGUCUCCAGGUCGUAGGAUCGAUGGUGGCACAGCCUGGAUGGCCAGGGAGUCAGUUUUGCUGGAGCCUGAUGCUGUGGACUCAUCCAGUGCUGUAGCACCCUGGUGGGAUCUGGCUCAGCAGCUGAAGCAGGAUAUGGCCAGCAUCAUCCUCAUGUCUGAGGGAGACUUACAGACCUUAGUGGAUGCCCCAGGCCUUGAGCUAGCUGCUGCUCUGGGCUUCCAAGAGAAAAAGGCCCAGGACCUUCAGGAGACGCUACAGAGGGUUUUGGACCGAAGAGAGGAAGAGAGGCAGUCCAAGGAGUUACUCCAGCUUUACCUCAAAGCUGUGGAGAAAGAGGACAGACAGCAGGAAGAGCCAAGUGAGCCCAGCGAGGGAGGGGCUGGAGACAUGGACAUGCUGGAUGGAAUGGAAGUGGACUCUGCAUCUGGAUUCAUGCCUAGGACACUGAUGGUCUUGAAAGGCAAAACAAACCCAGAGACCAGGCUUUCCACUGAAGACCUGCAGAUGGUAGUGACCAAAGGGGUUGAAGCUAUGGAGCAGGUCCUGGGCUGGGACAGAACGAGGACGUCAGUGCUGCUGGAGACCUGCGAGGCCGAGCUGAACAGACGUCUCCAGCAGGUUCAGGCCGUCCAGUCCAUCAGGAGCAACACACAGCCAGACAGCAGCCAGCAGUCCAGUGAGAAGAGCGCGGAGGAGGGCGAAGAAACACCAGCCCAAGGCGGCAACUAGGCCAAGGCCUCACCUGAGCAGAGACUGAUAAGAAUUCACACCUGCCUCAGGGUCAGUAGAAUGGGAUUUACCCUGUGUUACUGAUAAUAUCCAUAAUGCUGGAAUGCAUGAAUGCUAAUGAUGUUGACGCUUGCAUCAUUUUGUAGAACUUGCAAACCACUUUGCCUCAAGAGGAAGCAGAGUCAUGUUUAUCAAAGACAUACUGCCAUUAACUACUGGCAUCAACUCUCUAUUGGCUCCUCAUUUUGAUUGAGUGAAAAUAAACACACAUAAACAUACCCAUGUAAAAAAAACUUUGAGCAAUACUUUGACAUUCUUGGGAGUUUGGAAACUUCUCAUUUAACUCUCAGCAGGAAAGUAUAUUUCCCAAAAUGUGGAAGUAUGGUUUUAAGGUUUUAUAUGAGUGUUAUUGUUUACAUUCUGCUUCUCUUUAAACACUGCCAAAUAAAAACAGAGGUAUGCACUGCAUUUUUUUUUUAGAACCUUAGGCUAAAUACAGGUAAGAAAUAUACUUUCAACUAGCUAGAGAAAUUCUGUCAAUCUCCAGCAUAUGGUGAGUGGCAAAAUAGAUUAUUAUGUGUUGGAAAUAAUUUAUAUCUGCUAUCACUGAAAUGACAUUAAAUAUUGAAUACAGCCCAUUUUCAUGGAUGUUUAGGGAAGCACUGUGUCAGCUGGCAACUGUGCCUCAUGACUUGCUCCUGCUUGUUAUCUUCCCCCUCGACUGGUUUGAAAGUCUACUUGUGUACUCUUAAUGUCAAGCAAUUUAUAAUUUGAGUUGAAAAAUGCUAACAUGUUUAGAGAAAAUGUGGCAUUUUCCUUUUCCUUUUGUACCUUGGCAUGAAAUGUCAUCAGUAACUGACCUGUAACUAAUAGGGGAGUCUGUACAUGCAAGAAUCAACAGUAGAAAUAUUAUAAUAUGAUGAGCAGGUGAACUCUCCAUCCAAGACACAAUAGUGUAACAUACACAGCACUACAUUAGAAUAAAAUGGAGUGUGGACAGAAACUGUGGACAGGAGAGAGAGAGAGAGCUCGGUCAGCAUGAGUAAAUACAUCUAAUUGAAUGGAUCACACAGACUAAUUUAUCAUUCUAACACUAAAGAGUUAGACAAGAUGAGAUGUGUAUCACAUACAGGCAAGCCUCACUGCGCAGAUUAUGGCUUACAUUAUGGGUAAGAAUGACAAAGCUUCAUCUUUAAAGUACACAGAACCAACAUUGGUUAUAUAUUAUACUGUUAAAGUUCCAUAUCAGACCAGCGGCUGCAUGGUAUGUAACGGUGUGUACAAUGUGUGCAGGUCUGUGUGACUCAUAGGUCGUGUAGAAGAUAGCCUUUGUCAUGCCUGUCAUCUCAUCAUCUGUCUAUUGAACAAUGAACGCAAAUGACGGUGGGUUUGAAUUUACUGGAGGAUUGUCUUUUGUGUUUUGGUGAGAUUGAGAUGUCACUACCAGCUUGUACUUGCAGAGUUAGAUACAGAGAAAAGUGGAGGAGUGAUAAUGAUGUUCUGUAUACUCAGUAUUGUGUCUAUAUAUGGCAAAAAAAGAAAAAAAAAGGAUGAGCCCCAGCACAUCAUGUGGUUUCAAAAGUAACCUGUCCCUGCUAGUUUACAUUUAACCCUGUUAGAACUGGACUGUGUGAGUUGACAUUUUGUGUUUAAUUGAAACACGUACGACAAUUGUUACAAAGAUUUGAAGUGAUUUAAAGUACGUUUUGUACACCUGUUGAAUGGUGGCAGGAGGGAUUUUCUGAAAUAAACUAACCCUAACUUUUGA